ACUUUUGUCAAAGCCUUCCUUUUUUUUCUGGCCUUUAUUAGUAAAGCAGAGAUAAAAUUAUUUUAUUUAAUUAUUUUUAUUAUUGUUGUUCAUUAUGGAAGAAUCAACAAGCGUGAAAUCAAUCAAUGUCAAAUUUCGCCCUUCUAAUGGUGACGGUUUUGAUUAUAGUUUUGAUCCCGGACAGUUAACGGUUCGACAGUUAAAGGAAGAGCUUGUUUUACAUACUACUAUACCCGCUGAUAAUAUGCGUUUAGUUUACUCUGGAAGAGUUCUGAAGGAUGAAGACAUGGUAGACUUAUAUGGUGUUAAAGAAGGUCAUACAAUACAUGUAGUUAAAAGGGCGGAUAAUCGUGCUUCGGAACAAGCUUCUAAUGUGACACCUACAUCGACGGGUCAAAGAAAUAUUAGUUCAACGACAGCGAGUAGUCCUUUUGGUAUGAAUCCUUUUGGUAAUUUCGAUCCAGAUUUAAUGAGAAACAUGAUGAAUUCACCAAUGAUUAGGCAUAUCCUCUCUAAUCCGGAAAUAGUGAGAACCAUGGUGAUGCAAAAUCCUACUAUGAGGCAAAUGAUAGAACGAAAUCCCGAGAUUGGUCAUAUCAUUAACGAUCCAUCCUUUAUUCGUCAGACAAUGGAUAUGGCACGUAAUCCGGAAUUAAUGAGAGAAAUGAUGCGCAAUAAUGAUCGAGCUCUUGCAAACCUUGAGACUAUACCAGGUGGUUUUAAUCAUUUACGGCGGAUGUACCAUACCUUACAAGAACCACUUGAAUCUGCUGGUAGAAAUAAUGAUCAAUCUUCAGAAGCGGCAAAUCGACGGUUGGCCGAGAUGUUAAAUGUUGAAAGGCCUCCACAGGGACGCAUAAAUAACACACCAUUACCAAAUCCAUGGGCACCACGUAAUAACACCAAUUCGUCAACAUCAUCAUCAUCAAAUACAACCAAUUUAUUUGGAGGAAUACCAUCUUUCGGUCUCAUGGGAUUUCCACCAGCACAAAUGUCUUUUCCAUCACCAUCAUCAAAUUCCAGAAUUUCAAAUUCUACGCAAGGGCCCAAUCAAUCAUCAACUCCAAAUUCCCAAACGAACGGAAUAUCUAGCGCAACAUCUCCCACGAAUGCAUCUGGAAAUGCACCAAAUUUUCCUAACGUUAACCUACCUCAGAAUUCACCAACAUCGAUUGACCCUGAGUCUAUUAGGCGGCUUCAGCAAGUUAUGCAAAGGCAUUUGACUUCAUCACAAUUUCCAUCUCGCCAACAAAUGCCUCAAUCUUAUUACCCAUCUCUUUUCGGAUUACCAAAUCCAUUUUUCGCAAAUAUGCAACAAUCCCUUGGAACGUCACAAACAUCAUCUCAACCAUCUGAACCACCUGAAAUACGGUUUAGAGUACAACUUCAAAGACUUGAAGAAAUGGGUUUUAUGGAUCAAGCUGCUAACAUAAGAGCUUUACUAGCGGCUGGUGGUGAUGUCAAUGUAGCCAUUGAAUGGCUUCUACGAAAUUUAAAUUCAUAAAUUGUUAAUUUAAUUUUAUUUUGAAAGACUUUUUUUUUGAUUCAGAACUAAACGUGGUUAUCGGGACAUUUAUUAUAUCUCUCCCGCCAAAACUUUUUAAAUUACAAUUUAUUGAUUUAUUACUCAUUCUUGUCAUUUUAGUUUUUUCCCUGGAUUAUAUAUAUCUUACCUACACUUCGUCUUCACUAACUUCAAUAUGAUAUGAUAGUGACAUUACUGAUCCCUUAUUCUGGUUACAUUUGUUAUACAGAAUUUUUUUUUUUUUUUU